UUCCACAGAGCGAUGCCAACAUUGGCCAAAGGAGUUCCCUAUUCCACAGUUUGCAUAUGAAACUGAGAUGUGCCUUGAAAGAGCAGCUGAAGACUAUCAGAAGAAUGGAACUCUUCUGAAUACUUCAAAGGUGAAGGCAGACAUACUUGAGAAACUGUCUGAAACUAUGUAUACAUAUACAGCAUAUCCAUCAGGUGCACAGAUCAGUGACGUUGCUGAGGCACUUUGCACGAAGUAUCCAUUUCUCAAGGAACCAGGCUCAUUCUCAGGUUUCUAUGGCUGGCAACAAAGCUUAAAGUACAAGAUGGCAAAUUAUCGCACUAAACUUAGAGGCUUCGGAGUUCCUGAAGUUAUAUGCAAUGCACUCAAACGCAAAAGCCCUGCUGACCAGAAGUCUGCAAGGAGUGUCAAAAAGCCUAGAAAGGCAGAAGUAAACUACCUCCCCCCUUACCCGGCAGGAGAGAAUGAAGAAAGUCAAGAACAAGAGAGGAUUCAGCUACUCACUGAAGUAAGGAAAAGGGACAACAGCAAAGUGAUAAAGGAAAAAAUGGGGAAAACAUUUGCACACAGAAGAAAUGAAAUUGUCAACCAAUCACCCAGGAUUGAGGACAUCAAUGCCAGAUGGCCUGCUCUAUUUGAGGCAUCUCAAAUUCAGGAUGAGUUUUACAGAAUCACAAUGGUGCAUCUUGAGUCGAAGUUCAUGGCCAAGCUGGAUGAAUAUACUCCGAAGCUUGUGAAUCUCUUCCAAUCCAAGGGUGGAACCAUGGGGUUGAGGUUGCAGGCGAUCUUACUCAAGGCUCCAACCAAUCCUACCACUAACGUGACCAGAGCUGUUGUCAUCCGAUGUUUGGUGGUGUACCUUGGGGAAUCUUUAGAUCAUCUCCUUAAAGAGUAUGAUGAUACUGAUGGAGACAGUGUGUCACAGGACCUUGCUGUGCAAAGGAUUAAAAUCUACACCAUCAAGGCGAAUACAUCAGAAGGUCCAGACGACGUUGGUAUCGUGGUAGAGGGCCUGAAAGUUCUGACCGCUCUGGGCAACUUUGCAAGGGCUUGCUCCAUGCUCGUUGGGUUGAUCUAUGCUGUAAAUUUGGCCUAUCCCAAGGAGCUCAAAUAUACGUUUGAAGUCUUCCAGAAACUCCUCCUCGAGCUGGACUGUUCAAAGCUGACCCCAAAAGUGAACAACCUCAAGAACAAACUGCUAGCUUAAGAAUAUGGUCUCUUGCCAAAUAGAAGUCUUUUGACAUGUUGUCAACUCUUACAAUGUAACCUUCAAAUGCUUCACAAUUGCCCAUCAAUCAUACUAAGUAAGUGGUAUUGUCUUCUUUCUUUUUUUUAUCUAAGAGGCAACUUUUCGUGUGACAUGCAUUUGAAUGUAACAUUGUUACAGUUGGCAACAAGUAAGUUUGAGUGUUGCAAUGAUUCUUCAGAAAUACCGAUCAACCAUACAGUGGGAAUGGCAUUCUUUAAGGAAGUGGUUCAUUUUUUCACCUAAUUUUGUCAGAGGCAACUAUUUUUGUACCCUGUGAUUUCUAUUGUGAUUCUAGUGCUUUAAACUUUAUUUUUUUAUUUAACAAUGAAGUACUUUCAUUUAAGUCUCUGUGGUCUCACUUCAAAUACAGGUGCAAGCAGUAUCCAGCUAGUUUUGGUGUUUUCUUCUCGUUUUGGAGUAAAACUCAUGUGUUGUUGAGACACGUUCAACGUCUUUCUGUUGAAUUGAUUAUUCAUUUUGUACACAUGCAUAGUACAGAACUGUUACUGUAACUCACACACAGUGCUAGACUCCGUUGUAAAAUUGUUGAUAGAAAAUGCAGAGGAGGGCAAUGCAUUUAUUUUUGUAUCCUAUUUGAAAUAUCUGACGAUCUGUUGUAUGAUUUCAUGUAAAAUAAAACAUUUUGCAGUAAG